CUCCUGACCAUCUUCGCCUACGGCACCUACGCGGACUACCUGGCUGAAGCAGCGAACCUCCCUCCCUUGACAGAGGCUCAGAAGAACAAACUGAGGCACCUGUCAGUCGUCACUCUGGCUGCCAAGAUCAAGUGCAUCCCCUACUCAGUGCUACUGGAGCAGUUACAGCUGAAGAACGUCCGGCAACUGGAGGACCUCGUGAUUGAGGCUGUGUAUGCAGAUGUGCUGCGAGGGAGCUUGGAUCAGCGGAACCAGCGCCUGGAGGUGGAUUACAGCAUUGGGAGGGACAUCCGGAGGGAGGAGCUAAGCACCAUCACCCGCACAUUGCAGGAGUGGUGCCAAGGCUGCGAGGCUGUCUUGUCGGGCAUUGAAGAACAGGUUAGCCGGGCCAACCAACAUAAAGAGCAACAGCUGGCACUUAAGCAGCAGAUAGAGAGUGAGGUGGCAAACCUGAAGAAGACCAUUAAAGUGACAACAGCAGCCGCUGCAGCAGCCACAUCCCAAGACCCAGAACAGCACCUAACAGAGCUCAGGGAGCCAGCCCCUGGCACCAACCAGCGUCAGGCGAGCAAGAAAACUUCCAAAGCCAAAGGGCUCCGGGGCAGUGCGAAGAUUUGGUCUAAAUCAAAUUAGUUGGAUCUCCCUUCACAACUGGGAGGGUGAGAGGAAGAGAUUUGGGGGAUGGAGGGGUAGCAGGGGUCCCAAGUGUGAUGCUUCUGAGCUCUUCUCUGAGAUCCUUCUUGCCAGCUAAUUCUCCUGCAUGUUUGUUCUCUUUCCUGUCUUCUUUACCGACUUCCCAGGCAGUCUCUCCCUCCUUUUCAUCACAGCAUUUCACACUCUAAGCUUCCAGUUGUAUGCGUUGCUGUUUCCCCUACCACUCAGGCCCCCAUCGCCAUGGCCAUGUAUUUCUCUCUUUCUCUCUCCCUGUCUUUUGACAGGUCGAUUUAAAGAGCCAUAAAACCGUGUCAG